GGCGCUGCCAUGUUGGCGGAAGCGGUGCCUCCUGUGCUGUGGAAAUUGGUCGUGGCUGCGGCCGCCGCGUCGGUGGGCGCAGUCCGCUGCUUCUUCACCUCGCGGGUGUCUCGGCGCUGAGAGGCAGCGGCCGGUGGGAUGGAGCAAAGUAGGAUGAACCUGCCCAAGGGGCCGGACACGCUCUGCUUCGACAAGGACGAGUUCAUGAAGGAAGACUUCGACGUCGAUCAUUUUGUUUCUGACUGUCGGAAGCGCGUGCAGCUGGAGGAGCUGAGAGACGACCUGGAGCUCUACUACAAGCUUCUGAAGACGGCCAUGGUGGAACUCAUCAACAAGGAUUACGCAGAUUUUGUCAACCUCUCCACAAACUUGGUUGGCAUGGACAAAGCCCUCAACCAGCUCUCUGUGCCUUUGGGACAACUACGAGAAGAAGUUCUAAGUCUCAGGUCCUCCAUCAGUGAAGGAAUCCGGGCAGUAGAUGAACGAAUGUCUAAGCAAGAGGACAUUAGGGAGAAAAAGAUGUGUGUGUUGAGACUUAUACAAGUUAUUCGAUCAGUUGAGAAAAUUGAAAAGAUCUUAAAUUCUCAAAGUUCUAAAGAAACAUCUGCACUGGAAGAACACAGCCCACUUCUGACAGGACAGAUGUUGGAGAGAAUUGCUACAGAGUUCAACCAGUUGCAGUUUGACGCCGUCCAGAGCAGAGGCAUGCCUCUUCUGGACCAAGUAAGGCCACGGAUAGCCGGCAUUACAGCCAUGUUACAGCAGUCGCUGGAAGGGCUCCUGUUGGAGGGCCUGCAGACUUCUGACGUCGAUAUCAUACGGCACUGCCUGCGGACGUACGCCACGAUCGACAAGACCCGGGACGCGGAGGCCUUAGUGGGUCAAGUACUGGUGAAACCAUACAUGGACCAGGUGAUUACAGAGCAGGUUGUUGAGUCUCAUCCCAAUGGCCUUCAGGUCAUGUAUAAUAAACUCCUGGAGUUCGUCCCUCACCACUGCCGUCUUCUGCGAGAAGUCACCGGCGGAGCCAUCUCAAGUGAAAAAGGCAAUACUGUUCCUGGAUAUGAUUUUUUGGUGAAUUCGGUCUGGCCAGAAAUAGUACGAGGAUUAGAAGAGAACUUGCCCUCACUUUUUAAUCCUGGGGAUCCUGAUGCAUUUCAUGAGAAAUAUACCAUAAGUAUGGAUUUUGUAAGAGCAUUUGAGCGGCAGUGUGGAUCACAGGCCAGUGUAAAACGACUGAGAGCACAUCCUGCCUAUCACAGCUUCAAUAACAAGUGGAACUUGCCUGUGUAUUUUCAGAUAAGAUUUAGAGAAAUAGCGGGGUCCUUAGAAGCAGCACUUACAGAUGUACUGGAAGAUGCUCCAGCUGGAAGUUCCUACUGCCUGUUGGCUUCGCACAGAACGUGGAGCAGCCUUCAGAGGUGUUGGUCCGAACAGCUGUUCCUGCCGCUGCUGGCGCACCGCCUGUGGAGGCUCACACUGCAGGUCUUGGCGCGCUAUUCCGUGUUCGUCAACGAGCUUUUACUCAGGCCCAUCUCCAAUGAAAGCGCCAAGGAUAUUAAAAAACCUUUGGUAACUGGUAGCAAAGACCCUUCCGCCGCCCAAGGAAACACUGAAGACCAAGGAGGUGGCCCUCCCGAGACGAAGCCCGUGGCUUCCAUUUCCAGCACCCAGCUGGUGUAUGUCGUCGCCGACCUGGACAGGCUUCAGGAGCAGCUUCCAGAGCUCUUGGAAACAAUCAAGCCAAAACUUGAAAUGCUUGGCUUUAAGAAUUUUUCUUCUCUCUCAGCCGCCCUGGAGGACGCCCAGCGGCCGCUCGCGGCCUGCGUGCCUGCCCUCGGUGCCCGCGUCGUCCAGGACCUGAGCGAGGCCUGCGUCAGUCACCUGAAGGGCGCGCUGGAGGUCCCCCGGCUCUACAGGAGGACCAACAAGGAGGUGCCCACGACAGCUUCCUCUUACGUGGACAGCGCUCUGAGACCGUUCCACCAGCUUCAGAGUGGGCACAAGGAUAAGCUGAAACACGCGAUCAUUCAGCAGUGGUUACAAGGCGCUCUCUCGGAGAGCACUCACAAGUACUAUGAGACCGUGUCUGACGUCCUGCAUUCUGUGAAGAAGAUGGAGGAGAGCCUGAAAAGGCUAAAACAAGCCCGAAAAACCAACCCCACCCACCCCGGUGGGUCCAGCCCCGGCGGAAUGAGUGACGACGACAAAAUCAGGCUGCAGCUGGCCUUGGACGUUGAGUACCUCGGGGAGCAGAUACAAAAGAUGGGCCUGCAGACAAGGGACAUAAAAAGCUUCGCGGCGCUCGCGGAGCUCGUGGCCGCCGCCAAGGACCCGGCAACAGCAGAGCAGCCGUAGGCAUCCGGGGCGCCCGUGGGGAGCGCAGAAGAAAGCGGCUCUGUUCUCUCCGCAGCCCCGCACCCCCGGAGUGGACAGAAUGUUCCCGCCAGCCCACCGGCCACGCGCCAGCACAGCACGCCCCGCACAUUUGGGUCUUCUUUCACCCGAGAAGAACACAAAAGCCUUUUUCCGUUGUAUGGAAGAUAGUUUUUAAGACGUUUGAAACUUUCUACUAUAGUUUACAGAGCAAAUUAUUUUAUUUUUAUUGUAAAUCUUAGUGAGGAAGAGCCGAUUUCUAAAAUAUGAUUAAAGUAAAUAUAUACACACAAGUACAGAAAGCGUUCUCCCUGGCCCGCAACAGAAGUGGCCUCCUGCCCCGAGGGGCCGCCCUGAGGCAGCACCCCCUCCAAGGCCACGUGGAUGGACUCCCCGAGAGGCUGCAAGGUGCCGGCUCCCGCCCUCCCGCCAGCUGUUCAAGAACAGCACUCCGAGCGUGCUCUUCGCCCAGCCCUCUACCGGAGCUGGGACCAGGCGGGGGGAUCUAUUUUCUAAAUAAAAGAAGUGUCU